CUAGUGCGUAGAACCGACCUGAGUCAACUCGUUCACCCUGAAACACGAUUUACCUUGGGAUAUCAAAUAUUUGUCGCAUUACUUUCGAUAAUUUGGGGGAUAAAAAAUAAAUGA